GAAUAUUGCAUCAGCAGAACGAUUCGCAAAGGAAAAUACUUCUAUCAACAUCUACGAACGUGUAAGCCAGGAAACUAUGUAGACUAGUCAGUUUCAUAUUAAUGAACUAAAUUAACCGUGACGGGAAACUUAUUGCAAGAUAUAUACAAUGACAAGGAUUUUACGUGUAAAAAGGGUUGUUCAACAAAUAAUAAUUCAUUGUUUCUUCUUGAAUGAUAUAUUCUUUGAUAGAAUCUACUACAUAAUUAUAUACACUGUUUGAUUUGUUUUAGCUCACCUGAGCCAAGUGAGCUUUUCUGAUCAAAAUUUGUCCGUUGGUUGUUGUCGUCGUUAAACUUUUCACAUUCUCCAGAACCACAGGGCCAAUUUCAACCAAACUUGGAGAAGUUUUUUCUGAACCAAUAUGCUUAUAUAAUGAUAGUUUUGCUCAACCUUGUUUAUUUCUAGGAACUGCUGCUCAGGUGAGCGAUGUGGCCUAUGGGCCUUUUAAAAAAUAUAUACAAAUCCUUUUAAAUGAUUAUCAAAAAAACAUUUUUUUUUCUUGAGAGAUAUUUUGUGCAUUUGUCCACUAUAUAAAUAAUUAACUGACUCGUUCGUCCGAUGUUUCAGAUUAGACUAAUAUGGCUACAGAAGAAUUUAUACCGGAUUAUGAGGAGGAUGUGAACGCGCAUUUGGAUAGCGUUGAUCCAGCUGAGAAACUGCGUGGCAGUUACUCGUCAAUUCAUAGUUCUGGAUUUCGAGAUUUUCUCCUAAAGCCAGAGCUCCUGCGAGCCAUCAAAGAUAGAGGUUACGAACAUCCUUCGCAAGGUAAAACUCCGAGUGGUACCGAAUGAGACUAUAUGGUGGUGCAGUUUUAUGGAUGCUAACAGGACAUUCAUGCAUUGUGUAUGAGCGGAGAUGUUUCGGAUAACAACACGUAUAGUCCUUAACCCUAAGAAUUCAAUGAAGAUUUCCACAAAGAAGUAGGAUAAUAUAAGUUCAUUGUUAUUGUUCGUGAAUGAAGAGUUAAAUUGUGACAUGCAAAAAAGGACUAUUGGUAAUUUCUCUUCAUCUCUCCUCAAAAGAACAUUAGCCUUGGAUACUGAUCUUGUGAAUGUAAUUGAUGACCCAAAAUCCAUUGACCAGGAGAUUACCACACAUCCGAAGAGUUCGACUCACCGGGAACGAAGUGUGCUGUGUUGUGGUUUUUUUAAAAUGUAGAAUGCUUGAAUAUUUACUAUUUUGCAGUGCAACAUGAAUGUUUACCACAAGCCGUGCUAUCAAUGGAUGUCCUGUGUCAAGCCAAAUCAGGAAUGGGAAAGACAGCUAUUUUUGUUCUCUCGACACUCCAACAAAUUCAACAGCCUUGUGAUAGCGUCAUGGUGUUAGCCAUUGCACACACAAGGGAACUUGCAAACCAGAUCGCAGAUGAGUACCGGGCCUUUUCAAAAUACAUGCCGGAAAUGAGAGUCGCCAUGUUUUUUGGUGGACUACCAAUCAAGAAGGACGAGGAGCUGCUGUCAAGAAACCACCCUAACAUUGUAGUGGGAACCCCGGGUCGACUGCUGGCUCUGGUGCAGAAACAAAAACUCAAUCUAAGCAGCCUCCGCUAUUUCAUUGUUGACGAAUGUGACCAAAUCCUCAAGGAAAAUGGUAUGAGAGAAGAUGUGCAGACCAUUUUCUUGAAAUCACCUCGUGAUAAACAAGUUCUGAUGUUCAGCGCAACACUCAACCAAGACACGAGGAAUAUAUGCAGGCGAUUUAUGAACGAUCCCAUUGAAGUUACGAUAGAGGACGAGUCUAAGCUGACGCUCCAUGGACUACAACAAUAUUAUCUUACAGUGGAAGAGAAGGAGAAAUCGAGGAAACUCUGCGAUCUGUUAGAUCAGCUUGAUUUUAAUCAGGUCAUUAUCUUUGUGAAAACAGUUGGUCGCUGUCAGGCGUUGGCGGGUGUUCUGAUGGAUCAGAAUUUCCCAGUGUUAACGAUCCACAGAGCGAUGGAACAAACUGAGAGAUUGACGAGGUACCGGCAGUUCAAAGACUUCCAAAAGAGAAUACUCGUGGCUACUGAUUUAUUUGGUCGAGGAAUGGACAUUGACAAAGUUAACCUAGUCAUUAAUUACGACACACCAGAGGAUUCGGACACUUAUCUCCACAGAGUGGGUCGAGCUGGUCGAUUUGGGACGAAGGGAUUGGCUGUUACAUUUGUCUCCGGUCAGCCAGAAGCCACUGUUAUGAAUUCUGUUCAAGAUCGGUUUGAUGUGAAAAUGGAGAAGAUGCCAGCGGAGAUGGACUUCUCUUGCAGUACGUUCAUUGAUGCUAAAUCGUCUGCUUGAAAUCCUCGAGAUUGAUUUCCUCUCUCUCUCUCUCUAUUGAACACGUUUAGCAGAAAGACAGUAGUAGAUGAAGUUAUUAUGGAAUUUCGGUCGAGACUUUUGAUGUUUUGUUUUCUUUUAUUCGGUGAAUGGGAAUGAGUAAACUUUACGAAGAAUGUGUAUAUGAACUGUAGACGAUAGCUUUAAGUUACAGACUAAUAUGAAUUAUUGUUAAUAUAUAUAUUGUGUAAUGCACAUACAAUACAGUAUGAAUUAUUGUAAAUACAGAUGCAUACAUAUGUAAUGUACAUACAAUACACUAUGAAUUAUUGUAAAAUAUGUGAUGUACAUUUGAUACAGUGCGGUGGUUUCUGUAUAAGGUAAAUAAACCUAUUUUUGCCUUUUA